AUGUGGACUGUUUCUUUACUCUGGAAUUUAAAAUGGUUAUUUAUCUUGGAUUUGUUUUUAUUAGCAGAUUGUGGUUAUUUUGUUACUACGUCUAAACUUAAAAUGUCAUAUAUACAAAAUGUUACAGAAAAAAAUCAUUUGGUUUUUGCCUUAAAAUCAGACAAGUUUUCUAAAUUGCAUUUAUAUAAUGAUACAUCUAAUGUAGGUAUGAUUGCGAUUAGCACCGGCUUUAAUCCUAAACAAGUUUCUCUUGGAAUAGAUUGUAUGUUUAAUUAUCAUACACACACGAGUGAUUUAGUUACUCCAACAGAAUACUCAUGGUUAUGGAUAAGAUGGACCGGUACACAACUAGAAUUUGGUACAGGGACAAUUCCUGGUGUAGAUUUGGUAUACAGUAUUUCUUUCUCUAAAGUGGUCAAGUAUAUUGGAUUUGGAAAAUCUUCAGGAAACGAAGAAUGUUAUUGGAUAAUCGGUCAGACUAAUGAACUUAUAAAUGAAUCAACGUUUACAAAAAGCCAAGACAUCAUUAGAGUAUUUACCGGAAUCGUGUCAAGAUUGUCAAGUGAUUCUGGUAUAGUGACUGGUCAUUCAGGACUACAAGUGUUUGUAAAUGAAGUCAAUGAAAACAAAAACUUCAUAGGCUACGGAUCCAAAAUGAUAAUGAAAAGUAUCACUGGAUAA